AUUUUAUGUUGUCAAGAAUGUUUAUUACGGUCAUAUUUGUACAAAGCAUGCUGUUUUUAGAGAAUUGUAUGAUAAACAGCCAUCAGAUUUCAGUAUGCGUUUUAAUUAUCUAAAAAUAACCAACGAAUCCAAUGAGAAUUAUCUUGUUCAUUCAGACAAAUUGAAUAUCACACACAAAAUUGUAAACCUCGUUUCAAUAAUUCCAAGUCACUUCAAUUGUAAUACAACCACUUAUUGAUCUUAUUGAAUACGAGGCACAUACAAAUGUCCCAUUCGAAUGCUUGGGAGAUAAUGUAUUGUUAAUGACUAGUCGAAAUGCAAAAUAAUUCUCAUUUUACAGUAACACACUUCCCUAUUCAUUUAUUUCGGUGUGAUUGCACUGUUGAAUUGAGAAGCAGACGGGAUAGUAGAAUCAAGAGUAAUAGCUUAUUAUGGUAAUUAUAUAAAUGAUGGUUAAUUCACAAGGAUGAUUCGCAUCAACUAUAUUAGAUCCCUCAUUAUUAUCAUUUGAUAUUAAUGUUAAGUUGACUUUCUACUUUAUUUUGUGGAUAUAUACACACAUCCUAGACUAUCGUACAACCGUUAAACUCUCACUAAAACAACAUAAUCUACCAACACUAACAGCAUUGAUGAUUCUAAUAUUAUUACUGAGACUGCCAUCACAACUAACACAACGACAAUUCUAGAACAUCUCUAUAAUUUCACAAGUAUGUAUUUCGAUUAUCAUCUCUCUUGUCGAAAUACAUGUUUGGUGAGUAUUUUUGUUACUUAUCAGUAGUGAUAUCAUUCACAGUAAUAUCCAUCGAAGCCUGUCGAUAUAAGUAUAAUAUUCAAACUAUUCAGAGUACAAAUAAGUAGUAUAUUUGUAAUAUCCCAAUGAGUAGAAAAAUUAGAUUUUCUGAAGAAGCGACUUACACCAAGCCACGAAACGUCAGAAAAUCUAAUUUUUCUGCUCAUUGAGAUAUUACAAAUAUACUAUUCAUUUAUAACAAUCUACCCAAUGCUCAAUUUAUCCGAAAUUAUCAAAUCAAAACUUGGUAAUGAUACCUAUAUUCAGAGUACGGAUAACUUUCACAUUAAACAAAAUUCUGUAUACGAACAUCCAUUUCAAUGCUGACAUUCCAUUUCCAACUCCCUUUCUCUCUCUCAAAAUACUCUUCUUUACACACACCCUGUAAUUAGUAUUAUCCAUCCACUCGAUAUUCAGAAACAAUCUUCUACAUCGCCUCAAUCGUCCUCAUUUUUCCGAAUCUAUCACUUUAUCUCCUUCUUCCACCACACAACUUUACCACUAAACCAAUAUAUUUCUCUUCGCAUGCUCAUCCCAAUCAUGGUUCAUAUGAACAUCACCGUUUCAUUUUAACAUGUCAUUCAACAUUUAUCUAGUUCAUCAUCCUCACAUCAUGAUAACAGUAAUGGGCAAAUUACUGAAUAUCGUUAUGAGAAACAUGCUAUGUGAGAUUGUACACUUCACAAGUGAACUCUCCGAAAACACAACCUUUCUCCAAACUAAUCUUUGUAACUCUGUGAUUUCCUAAUCAGUACAUUCCGUUUAGUUUUAAACUACUCUUUAUAAUGAAUCAAUGACAAUCGACUGAUGUGUAACAAUAUGAAUUAUUGGUUCACCAUUACAUAUUGAUAACAUUGAUAACGUAUAUCAACCACUAAAUGUUCUUGAUAACCAAUAUGAUUUACAUCUCAAUCUUAAUUAAUCACAUUUGUUGCACUUUUUCACAUUCCAUUACCAGACUGUAAGUUGAAUUUUGUAAUAUUCAAUUUAUUCAUUCGAAUUUUGCUGAUCAUAUGCUGAAUUCGUGUAUAAUCUGUCCAUUUGAUCAGUCUCAGUUAAUGCAUUUUCAUGAAAACAGCCUAACCACAACAAGUGGAAAUGUGCAUUUUCUAUAUUCUUCGUUAUUCAAACAUGGUAUAAUACAGUUAGAAAAGUAUCAACUUUUCUUCAACAUUUAAUAUGUUAAAUUUUAAAUCCAUAGAAUAUGAGUCUCAUCAAGUACAUUUUAAUGCUUUCUAGCUAGUUCACAAUAAUUGUCACUCAAUUUUAAUGUGUAGAACUAAACUAUACUGAUUAUCUUCAAUCGAAUAGAGUUGAUUAUUUAGAAAGAACAUAUGGAUUACUGGAGUACGACGCAGUUUCUAAAUGUGUUUAUGAAUAUCCAGUUAAUGCAAAACAAAAUCUGUUUUUGACGAGAUUGCGUCAUUCAGAUAGUUUACAUGAUUAUCUGUCCGUCCAUUACUUACGGAAAGCCAAUUAUUGAAGAACAGAAUUCUUAUUAGGUAAAGAUGAAGACAGCUAUUAGACAUAGCGCUGUAAUAGAGAGGCCAUGUUUCUUUGUAAUAUGCAAGUUUUAUUUUACACGACCUAGAAAAUAAAUUAUCGAGUUAGUGAUGUUUUAUCUUGGUUGGUCGAGUUAAACUCUACUAUUUCUAAGUUCUAAAAUACUAUCUCUUCUAUAAUUAUACAAUUUAAUACAGUGUACUAUUUGCACUGCAGUCGAACUCUGAACCAGUUUACAUCUGUUUGAUCAGUUUCAAAGUCACUCAAAGUAUUUCUCUGAACUAAAGCUAUAACUUUCUACUACCGUAACUCUAUUCUUUAACGAAUAUGCUUUACAUAUUUAUUCAAAUUUCAUAUCACAUUGAUCCUUUUCUCUAUAAGCUGCUGUACAUGGUAAGCCAUUUAAUACAAACUUGACUAUUUUCAGUCCACACAAAAUAUAAUGUUGGAAACAUAAAGUUUAUCAUUGUAAUAUAGUUACAUUUACAUGGAACUGAUUUUAUCAAAGGACUUAUUGAAUCAAUAAAAAGCAUACAAAUAUCCUUGAAAUAUUGGCAAUAAAUAUGCAUUACAUUAUUGUAAUGAGUUGUGGAUGAUACAAUUUGAACAGUAGUAUACAUCACAGUAUGACAAAUUAGCGAAUCAAUAUGAGUUAAUAAUUUGCAUAUAAAAAAAGAGAAGAAGAAGAAUAUAGAUCUGUGUACGUAGUUUAUGUGUAUUUCAUUUCUUUAUUGUUUUGUAUAAACAUAUAUUCCUUUAUUUUUACAAUUUUCUACAAGUACUAUUCGACAAGACAUUGGGAAAUGAACCUAUACCUCGACCUCUUGAUUGGGACGAAUUGGAAAAAAUAAAUGAUGUAGAAAGCGGUAUGGCUUAUUUCAGACAAAAUGAAAAGUUGCUACAGACCACAAUAAAUAACAUUAUUCAGAAUGAACCUAAAAGACUUAAAGCGAUCCAAAAAUACAUAAGGUGUAAGAAUAAACAACAACAUGAAGAAUCCUUCAGUUUAUUUCUCAAAGAAAUGAAUAAACAGUUUGAAAAUAAAAAUCUAAUGUCAUUUCCUGAUUAUUCAACUCUGAAGGACUGCUUCAUAAAACAAGUAAAGAUUUUAGAAAGACAGAAGUCUAAUAGCAAAAAUGAGGUUUGCAAACCACUUAGGACAUUCUCUGAACAAGAUAUUCAGGCUCUGAAUCAGUUAAUUUCUAAGAAAUACGAUAUUUUGUGGAGAUGGAACAAAGCAUUAUUUAACUACGAAUUCGCUUCCAAAAAUUAUGAGCACACACUAAGUUUAUUACAAAGGAUAUAUAACGACUUGUAAUAAAAUACUGGUUGAAAAUGUCCAUCACAAUUAUUGAUCACAUUAGUUCAAUCUUAUUUGUUCGGGAAUCCUGUUGAAGAUCCUGUAUUGAUAUUUAAUUAAUUGCCUUAUCAACCAAGUUUAAAUAGAAUACAAGUUUGUUUGAGAAAUUUGUUCUGUUCUGGAAAAUGUAUUUUCCAAAUAAUCACCAAAGAUUCAUAGCCUAAACUCACUAGAUUUAUGGAAUAAUGUUACGUGCCAAUCAGUUGUGAUCAUUAAACCAAGCCGUUAUACCACAUAAGUACGACAAUAUGAAAUGAUAAUGAGAAAUACAGAAUCUAAAUGUACACAAACAGGUCUCUAGCAAUACAAGAUUUGAAGAACAAUAAGAUUUACGUGUAUCUAUUUAACUGUUACCGACUCUGAACUAUGCUAUUUAUUGUCUACAUAAGUGACCACGAGCUUAGCCGCCGUCAGUUUGACCGCACCUUACUUCAACAUCAGUCAAUAUCACGCAUCGGAUUAGAUGAUAAUUACACUGAAAUGACACAUGUCCGAAACUUUUCAUUCGUGAAGAUCUGGUCUCAUAUACCAAAUAACUACAUUUUCAAAAAGGCAAAUAAAUGAACUCAAUAUUGUUCACUCAUUGGCUCCACGAUGAAUCAGAAAUGUUUUAAAGGACAAAUACUCACGAAACUGUAGUCUACGCAUAUUUAUUUCAUCUUCAUAGUAAUAGAGAUUGGAUUACUUAAUAUCAUACUAGUCAUUUGAUAGGUAAACGGACACCUUUCCAAAGCGAAAAGUGACGUGAUUCGGUAUUAACUAACUUAGCUUACUGAAUUGGUAGAGAGAUUUUGUCAGACACCUAUUCUUCAGGGCUGAUUGGACUGACAAGUAAAAUGAAGUGGUCAGCACACUCAACUACAUAACUUACUCCAGUCGGUUUAGACUGUGAUAGAAACUAGUCCCGAAGCAACAUUUCGC